AUGACUGGUGGUGUUCACGUCAAAACAGCUGCUGCUGUCCGCACCGCGGUGCUGUGGGUGUCGCUCUGUAUGCUUCUGCAGCACCUGGGCCACCACCCGCAGUUUACGGCAGAAGCGGAGGGAAGUGUUCAAGAUAACAUUGUGAGGUAUUUCUCAUAUCCCCACAGUGUGUUCCAAUUGAAUAACAAUGUCAAUUACGGUAGUUCCGUAGAUGCCUGUCUUGCAUCUGGUGGUUCUCUCGUGAGUGGUCAGUCAACUGCUGCACAAAAUGCUAUUGCAGCCCUUCCGAGGAGUACGCAAAACAUGGGCUACCCUAUUUCACUCACUUACAUGGGUGGGAAUGCAAUCUACAGUACUCAAUAUGGUCCAAGCCCACAGUGCACAGCAGGCGUUCAAGGUGCUUCACUUAAUUGUGUAUACCAUUGGAACAUCGAUCGCUUUGCAACCGGACCAUCAUUUAGUCAUAAAGGUGUUCCAUUUUACCGUGGGUCGCUUUAUUCUCUUCCUGGUGCAGGGCCAAUGAAUGGAUACACACCGUUCUGUCAGGCCAACUACCCUGCACGUGGUAAUCCUUAUUUGGUCUCUCAGUUCAUGUUUACAGAAGGGACACAAGCUACAUGGUAUGAUACCAAGGUUAAUCCAUUUGGAGAUCCCGUACUAGGUGUUUACGGCUUUGUGGUAUGUGAAGUUCAAGAUUCAAUUGCUGGUUCUACUCUUGUUCCCACUGCUACUACUAUUCCUACUACUACUCGGCCACCAACAACAACAACUACUACUACAGACGCACCAACAGAACCGCCGUCAUCGUCGGUCAAUAAGAAUUCGUAUGUCGUUCCUGCUGUCUCUGCACUGGCUUUUCUUGCAUUUUUGUUACUUAUUCUUCUUUGUUGUUGCUGGACUAGAAAUUACUGUUGCUGGGCGAACAAUGAUGAUUCUUAUUUCAUUACUACUAUGAUUAUUCGAGAGUGUUAUGGUGAUAUGUAUCGAGGAAACAAUAAUUCUUCUGCAUACAACUUUGACUACUAUGAAGACACUGUCGAAACCAUGCAACAGCCUCAGUCUACUUAUCAAACUAUGCCUAUGUAUGAGAUGCCUGUGGAACAACCUUUUGAUACCGGAUACCAAUCACGUGCAGAAAGUAAUGUGGAAACGUCACUGAUGCGUAAGCCGUCGAAACGUCAAAGACAACGUGGUCGUACAUCAUCGAAUGUCUUCUCGGAAGUUGAGGUCCCUAAGGGGCAGGAGAUUGAGGAAGGUGGUGAUGAUGCUGCCCUUCAAGAAGUGACCAAGCUACGUCGCGGUGGAAGUGUCAUACAGUGUUCGCAAGAACAGGAUGUUGAAACAAUGGAAUUCUGA